CGUCUUCAGUCUCAAUUUAAUUUAAUUUUUCCCUUCCAUUGACGCAACAUUAAGUCGUGUCGGACGAUGAAAUAGUAAACGAAGUUCGCGUGGAUACAACGGACCAGCCUGCAGAAAUUUUCCACUCGUUAGCCAAAACCAACUUACAGAGACUUAUAUAAAGAUAUCUACCGGUGUCAUUUUAUCUGGCUACCGGGGAUCCAGAGUCCAGAGACAGUUCCUCACCAUGUCAAUAGCGUGGUGCGCAUCUCAAGCAAUGCUAACUUUCCCCCUACGCAUGCACGACUGCCACCAUGGAACGAAAUGAACAGACUUUCUAUUCAUUCAGAUAAUAUCGGGGGUCCGAAAUUCGAUAUUAGAUUGUCAGAUUCCACUCUAGCACGCACGACGGACUCAUUGAAGGAUGAAAUAUCUAAUGAUAUGCACUCAUCUCAUGAUCUACUACAUAUCCCUACACCAUGACACAAUUGCGUAAUCCAGUUCGAGAAAGAUACAAAGUUUUAUGUGGUCAAGUCGAAAGUAAUUAGGGAUUUCACUACCUCUGCUAAUUAUGUUGGGGGUAAUCCAGAAAAAGCCCUAGGGGGAUUCUUUUCGCUUCUAUAUGAAUAUGAUUCAAGGCUUGCUUCUUCACCCAAUCGUAUGCAAAUGGCUUUGGGCUGGAAGGACAAUGUCGGAAAUAUGAGAAUAUCAACAUCCUUGUCCAAGAGUGGCGAAUCCACUCUUCUGUCUGUUGAGGAAAUUCCGCUUAUUUUCUACGCAUUUCCUCCUUUAUUUGGGG